AUGUCAAAUCCUUCGAGCACUUCAGAUGUCCCUCCACCGGUACCAACCAAAAAAAAAAAGUUUCUAGUUGAUGAAAAAGAAGAAGAGGAUUUGGAAAGCAAUCAACUUUCAUCAGAUGCAAUCGACGUUGCAGCGAAGUUCCAACGCGCGUUAGACGCAUUUAAGAAAUACAAAAAGCAAAAUGGCAUACUCGAAAAAGAAAAAGAGGAUUUGCUUGCACAAAAUUACAAUCUUCGCAUUCAGGUUGACCAAGCACGGAACUCCAUAGAUGAAUUAGUUUCACGAAUAGAAUCAGAAAAAAGAAGAUAUCAACAAAGGGCCAACAAUUCGGAUCUCGAAAUUCAAGACCUAAAGAGACAAAUUAUGCAAUUAAAAACUGAAGCUUCUCAAUUACAAUCUCGUCUUGGAAGUGCGACAAGCGUUCAUUGGGGUGAUAACGAUGCUAACAACUCGGUACAGCUUAAAAAUACAAUUUCUGGUAUACAGAGCGAGUUGGAGGAACUUACCUCUGUUAAGGGCAAAGAAAUAGUGAUUAAUGAAGAAAAUGCAACACAGCUCUUUCAACAGUAUAGAUGUACGAUGAGGACCGGAGAGGCAAAGGCUAAAGUGGUGUUGAGCGCUGUGCUACAACGUCUUAUACUCGAGACCUUGUUUUUUCAUCUCAACAGAUAUUUACUUCAAUCCGAUGCAUCAAAUCUCCGACAAAAAAUUCAGUCACAAUUACCACCUGCAAACCAACAAGCUUCACCACGACAACACAAUCCUGUAAAACCCAACCCGAGAAGCUCGAGUCUUGGUUUACCUCAUGCUCUUGAACAAAAUAACAACCUUGAAGUUGAAAUAACCGCGACAAUGAUCUCGUUAUGCGACCUUUUAAGCCAACUCACCGAAUCCCGUCAAGGAUCUGAUGACGUUUCACGUGUGACGCCUAUAAAAAUCCGUCAACAAAUUUAUGCCAUCUUGGGAACGCGAGGAUUUUGCAAGGAAGGGCACCCCUUCAUCGAAAAACUAUCCAACAUAAUCCUGGAGACUCUAGGUAAAUAUCGCCAAUUUAAAAGCGAAGAAAGAAAUUUGGAAGCUAGAAAGAAAACGAUAGAAUUGGUUAGGGAGAUCGUGCACUUGUAUUUUAGAUUAAAAGCUCUAGAACCCGCGCCAGAGUUUAACGAAUUUAUCGAAGCCGGUUCAAGUAUUCAGAAUAACGUUAUGGACGGAUCAUGGGAUGAUGAUAGCACAGAAGAUUUGGAAGUUGAAGUCUGCUAUUUUCCAAUAAUUAGUGUCAAAAAUAAAGAUAAUACCAGGAAGGUGCUUUGCAAGGGUCAAGUGAUUACAAGACCAAAACAAUAA